UUAAAAGUCCGCCCCGGUCCCGCCGAACGGCGAGGACUAUAAAACAAUGACGUUGGCUACCAGUUAGCGAUGCAAGAUUUACCUAUUAACUUUUACAUCACUUCACUUUUACAAAGAUAACAUCUCUGAAACUGAAAUCUUACAUCUCGAAUCGUUGGCCAUUAUGAAUCUCAGCUCGGCCCUGACAUUGUGUUUGGCUGUCGUUACCGCUGCCGGACGGGAUGUAAACACUACUGUUAUAUUUCCUGGCGGCUCUGUCGUCGGAAAAUCAGCCAGUGGCAUUGAAACCUUUGCUGCUAUUCCCUAUGCUGAACCUCCCGUUGGUAAUUUGCGCCUGCGCUUGCCAAGACGAUUGUCAGCUAAACUCGACCACCAUGACGGCACUGGCACUGCUCCGGCCUGCCCGCAAAUGAGUACACCAGAAGAAGCAAAGCGAGUUAUGGGCAAAUUCCUACCUCCUGGGUAUCUGUCAGUCCUGACUGGCAUCACCGGCCAGGAAGACUGUUUGACCGUGACAGUGCAGCGUCCGGCUGGAACCACGGCAGCUGAUCGGCUUCCAGUCCUGUUCUGGAUCUAUGGCGGAGGAUUUGAAAUAGGUGCCACUUCGGGCUACGACGCAUCAGGCUUGCUUACUACUGCUGUUUCCCAGAAUCAGUCCUUUGUUUUUGUUGCGGUCAACUACCGCGUUGCUGGAUUCGGCUUUCUAGCCGGUAAGCAGAUUGCUCAGGAUGGAAGCGCCAAUAUUGGCCUAAUGGACCAGCGCAUGGGCCUACAAUGGGUAUCAGACAACAUCCAGGCGUUUGGAGGAGACCCAAGCAGAGUUACUAUUUGGGGACAGUCGGCUGGCGCAAUCUCUGUUUUCGACCAAAUGGCACUUUUCGGUGGCAAUGCAAAGUACAAGGGCCGCAGUCUGUUUCAAGGUGCGAUUAUGGAUUCUGGAUCUAUUAUUCCUACAGGGCCAGCGGAUGGAGAGCAAGCGCAGCUUGUCUAUGACAACGUUGUGCGUGCCGCCGGGUGUGAAGGCGCGCCUGAUUCACUUCGGUGUCUUCGCGAGGUCCCAUAUGAGAAGUUUUACAAGGCGAUGGACUCACAGCCCAAUAUCUUCUCCUACAAUUCCCUGGCUCUGUCCUAUCUGCCUCGGCCGGAUGGCGUCAUUCUGCCCGACAGUCCCCAUGUUUUGGCGCGGGAAGGUCGAUAUCAUGCAGUACCAUACAUCAUUACCGACCAGGAAGACGAGGGAACCUUGUUUUCUCCGUUCCAGAGUAAUGUCACCAAUACUGCAGACCUAGUCCAGUACUUAGGAGAUGUCUUUUACUCACAUGCUCCAAAAGAUGCACUUGAGGAGCUUGUCUGCUCGUACCCGGACAACCCCGCUGCAGGUAGCCCAUUUCGAACUGGCCAGGCUAACGAAUUCUACCCUGGGUUUAAACGGAUGGCGGCCAUGUUAGGAGACCUGGCCUUUACAUUGAUGAGACGUAUGACGUUGGAAAUUACCAGUGACGUCCACCCCGAGGUACCAUCAUGGUCAUCGCUGGCAUCGUAUGCAUACGGCGUACCAAAUCUUGGCUCAUCUCACUUGUCCGAUCCUGCUAUCUUUUGGGGCCCGCCCUCCAAUGAAACUCUGAUAGCUAACUCGCGAACGUAUUACCUCAACUUUCUGCACAACCAAGACCCAAACGACGGCGUCAUGCUAUCCUCAACGUGGCCACGAUGGAGCGACUGCAAGGAAUUAAUGUGGUUUGAAUCUCGAAACAGUACAAAUUUGCUGUCUGAUGACUUCCGACACGAAAGUAGUCAAAUUAUUCGAAAGAAUCUGGAUGUUUUGACGUUUUAAGUAUACAAAUGCUCUAUACUUAUAGCAGAGUAGUUGUUUAAUACAUAACUGUAUUUACAUUAAGGCAAGACUGAUGCUACUUUAUAAAAUUAAUACAGAGAAGAUAGAUUAAGAGAACAGAUACC